AUGUCGCCUAGCUCAAAGUCCAUGUCACAUCUGCUAUUACUACCAGUAGACAUUCAAAUCCUAAUCAUCCCAUACCUCGACUUCACCUCUCUCAUCUCACUUGCCCAAACCGCUCAACUCUUUCGAGACCUGAUAAAUGCCCAACGCCGCCAUUUCGUCGGGCGCCUGCUGGAAAUAGAAUGCCUGCCAAAGAAUGGCGGUGAAGUGACCCUCGAUCUGCUCAAAGUCUUCCCGCCAGCCGUCCGAUAUGCAUGUACACGGUGCCUGAAAAUCCUCCCCCACACAAAGUUUGACAACCAUGCUCUCCUGCGUCUGCGCUUCCGCAAGCCACCGCCCGAGUCUCGAGCCGGGAAGCAGCUAUGCAGCUGGACGAGCGGCGAUGCGAAAGCACAAGGUCUGAAAAGACAAGGGGAUUUGGCAAACGACCGAUUUGAGAAGUGGAUGGCACGAGAGCACCCUCUCGUCUUCGCGCCUACACCAGAACUCAAGGAAGAGUGUAAUAUCGGUACAUGCCGCCACCGGCGAACGUGCAACGAAUGCAAAUUCCAAAGCGGCUUCUGGGCCCAAAACUUCAACCUUACCCGGGGCUGGCGUCGGCAAAAUGGCAAUUGCAAUCAGAACGUAGGGACCACUGUGCCCGUAAUCAAAAGCCGGCAGGUGUUUACGUACCAUGAUGCAUCUGAGCGCUUUUUCCCCGGCUUGUUCCCCUACACGGGGGACUUUCCAGCCAGACGCAGGAUGUACCGUGAGUAUCUGAUCGAUUGCCAGCCCUGGUGUCUAUACACAACGCGCUGUCCGGGCUGCGAACGCUGGCAGGAAUUCGCAGCGUUCAGACAGCCGCGGAUGCCAAAAUCCCGGCCUCGAGACGCGCCGGCGUGGGAUGUAGGGGACUGGGAUGCCAAGGUUGAGGAAUGGAGAUGUAAUGGUUGCGUUGCGGCUGCUGAGGGAGAACAAGAGCUGGGGAGGCAAUUGGUGGGGUUGUGGAAGACGCUGGCAGGGUCGGAGGUUAAGUGGCUUGAAUAUUGCCUUGUAGAUGGCUGGCGCUACGUGGGUCAUCUGGAACGUGAGAACAAGGAGUUCUCGUGGAAGUAUGUUUAUAGGAGGGCGCGAGAGGAAUCCCAGCUGUGGAGACAAGUACCUAGUGUGGGGGAGAUUGGGAAGAUGAGUGAUGAGGCGAGGAGAGAGAUGUACGGGAUUUGGAAACAAUAUCUUCAGGAGCAUGACGAAUGGCCGGCAGGGGACUUGAUAAACAAUCCGUGGUUCAAGGACUGGACAUACGGGUAUGAGGCAAUAGAGAAGAGGGCAGCGUUUUUGAGGGCGUGUACAGAUAGGGUGGAAGCUGAUCCGGGGAUGCUGGUCGAGUAUGCUUUGAGAGGAGAGGGGUACGAGGCAAUGGUAAUGUCUUACUAG